UGGUUUUUUUUUUUGUCAAACCGAAAUUGCAAAUGCCAUAACAAAGAUCGUAAUUGUACGUCAAUGGGUAUCGUAAAAUUGACUCACUAUUUUUCAAUUAUGAUAAUACAGAAAUGCAUGCUUUCUUAUAAUUUAAUAUGAAUUAUUAAAACUCGAUACUUAUCAUGAAAUAAUUACAAUCUUCAUCAAAAGUCACGUGGUUAAACUACUUUCAAGAUAUCGGCAAAGUGUACCGAAUGUAUCAAAUUGUUUGGAUACUAAAGAGAAACACAAUUUGGAGCGUUGAUAUUUAAGGAAACAAAUAAGCCAAAAGGGGCGUAGUAAAUGAGGAUAAGUAAUUGAUAAAAAGAGUAAAACAAACAAACAUGGAAUUGAGUUCUUAUAUCCGACAUAUUCUUACAAUGUCGCUUUUCUUGAUUGUUAUUUUAUUUUUUCUGAUAUUCGCUGGAGGAAUCGGUGCAGACCGCCUGGGUGAGUUUGAUCCUUUCUUGGCAUACGGUUGGAUAACGACUUAUAUUCUAUAUACUCUAAGAUUUUUGACAUUUAUACCAUUACCCCAGGCGAUAUUUAACUUUCUUGGACUUUUCUUUUACAAUACUUUUCCACGAAAACCGAAACUUAACAAUGCGACUUUGUUUGGGGCAUUUUUGUGCUUUAGAACGGUUACCCGUGGAACAUUUCCAGCAUUAGUGAGAAAAAACGUGCAGAGGAAUAUAGAUACGUGUUCGAGGAUCGGCCUUGAUAACUAUAUUUUUGAGGUUGUAACAGACUGUACAGUUAACGUGCCAAAAUCGCCACGUGUACGAGAAGUUAUUGUUCCACGUGAUUAUGUCACGAGGAAUCGAACACAAUACAAGGCUAGGGCGUUGAAUUACUGUCUUGAGCCAGACAUCAAUAUGUUAACCGAUUCGGACUGGAUUGUACAUUUAGACGAAGAGACAUUACUAACAGAAUCGUCUGUGAUUGGAAUACUUAAUUUUGUUAAUGAAGGAAAGUAUGACCUUGGACAAGGUGUUAUCACGUAUGCAAAUGAGACCAUUGCCUGCUGGGUUACCACUCUUGCUGACCUGGUCAGGGUCGGGAUGGACUUUGGAAUGAUCAGAUUUUGUCUGAAAUGUCUUCAUAAGCCUGUGUUUAGCUGGAAGGGAAGUUUUAUUGUCGCAAAAGUCAAUGCCGAAAAGCAGAUCACGUAUGAUUUUGGCAUGGAAGGAAGUAUUGCAGAAGACUGCUUUUUCGCUCUGAAAGGAUGGCAUGAAGGGUUCAAAUUUGGAUUUGUUGAAGGUGAAAUGUGGGAAAUGAGUACAUUUUCUGUUUUAGAUUAUGUUUAUCAGCGAAAACGCUGGGUGAAUGGUAUUUACAAUGUUUUCUUCAGCAAGCAGAUUCCGCUGAGAUACAAAUGUGGAAUUUCUUUCAUGUUACUGUCAUGGCUCACAAUGCCUUUUACUGUUCCAAAUAUCUUGCUUGUCCCUCUUUACCCGUUACCGUUGUGGCGUAGCGUUAACGUGACAUGCGCUUUUAUGGGAGCCGUCAUGACGUUUCUUUUUAUUUUUGGUGCCAUUAAAUCAUUUUCACCUAGACGUCUGGGAUGGAUUCGAUACCUUACACUAUGGUUUCUACCCAUUUUUAUACUACCGGUGUCCAUGAUUCUAGAAACAACUGGCGUAAUUUUGGCGCUAAAAACUAGAAAAAUAUCCAGUUUCCAUCUUGUUGAUAAGCAGACUACAGAUUUAGUAACAAAUGAACAAAGGCAUAUUGUUUAAAACGAUAAAAUGGGAUAAAAUCGGAACUGAUAUCGUUUUUUGUGUUUAUGUGUUUGUGUGUUUUUUUGUUUUUUGUUUUGUUUUUGUUUGUUUGUUUUUUGGGGGGUAGUGGGGAGUGCCUCGAAUUUGACUUGAUCCUCUCUACAUAAUGGUUAACAUUUAAUUGAAAUUUGAUUGUUGAGCGGAGGUGUGAAAAAUCAAAAUUUCAAUGUUUUGCUUUUGGUAAAUGCAUUUUUUGCCUCUAGAUAUUUCAUUUUUUAUUGGAUCUUAAUGGAACUUUAUUCAAUCCAAAAUUAAUUUGCCCCAGUUGACUUUAUGCCAGUUCCAUGUAGUCUCGAACAUUUCGUUUAUCCAUUUUCGAAAUAAAGAAACAGAUACUGAUUAACUAUCACGUAAUCGGACAAAAGAAUAAGCGUUAAAAAGUCACAAUUCUACGAGUAUUACUUUUCACCCUUCAUCUAUUUACACGAAACCAAAAUUCUAAAAUCAUCAAUCAUCAACACAAAGUACAUUUAAACCAUUAUGUUGUCAACUGAAAUUUUUGAUAUCAAAUUCUACAAUAUUUUACUUCAGUAAAUUUACAGAAUUUCCAAAUUUUCCUUCUUUUGCAAUUGAAUUUAUGUUCUCAAUCUUCAAAAAUUAAUUCUUUAAAUGGGAUCGCCAGAAGACAUUUAAGUUAUUCUAAUGCAAAAAUGUCGCAUUUUAAACUAACAACGUACUUAAAAACUCUAAAACUUUAUAAAUUUGUACAUGUAGUUGUUUGCGAUCACAAUUUGCAUGUCAGAUAAGCAGAUAAAUUACAUAACAUGCCAAUGUACACAUCUGAAAAAAAGCAAAGUUUACCAAUAGCAAAUUAGAAAAAUGCAAGUCUGAUAAAUGUGUAUAAUAUUUGAGAUUUUAAUGGCCUUUUUUUCUUCCACGUGUUAUUGUGCGACAUUUAAAUGAAUGUUUUAGUAAACGGGUUUGUUAAAAGGAAAUGCGAACAAAUAGUGUAGCUUAAUAUUUUGAAUAAAUUCAAUGAAUUUAUCUUAUUUAAGUCUUAAUUAUUUUAGCAACGGCGCAAGCUAAUUUUCUCUCUCUUCCACAUACAUGUCGGGCAAUAGCAUGUUAUUUUUAGUCUACUGAAAUUGAAGAGAAAAAAAGCAAAUUAAAAAAAAGGCUUAAUAAAUUUGUUUAAAUUUCAUUUUGAACAGAAAAUGAGAAAAUUUACUUUUUUUUAAUCAUAUAAAUACAUAGCGUGUCACAUUAUAAUGAUGUGAAAUGAUAUGAUAAUAUGCGAACUAGCUUCACGAUCUAAACAAUGUUAUUACACAUCAAGUUGUUUUGUGGAUAGUUUUUUUAUCAUCAGUACAUCAUUGCAACCAUAAAAAUUUGCAAUUUAGUAAAACCUGCGGCAGUGAUGAAAUUUUUCACCUGUAUGAAAAUAUAAAAAACACCAUAUAAUGGUUAUAAUUAGCAAAUUCUUAGCCUUUUUAUUUUUUUAGUGUCACCAUAAACGCGACGCUUUUUAUAGGUGGUUGAAUGAAGAAAAUACCAACUAUUCAGAUUUAUUUUAAACUUAUAAAUGAAAUAUUAAGAAAUAUUGAUUAAAUAAAAUGCGUAUUUUUUAUUUUUCGUAUUUCCACUGUAAAAAUUUAUUUUUCACUGCAGUGAAGCAUAUUUUCCGUAUUUUCACUGAUGUUUUGCAGGACUACUUUCUUCUGAAUUUAGCAAAUACACAAAAUUUAAAAGGGAAUUCUUCCUUUUCACAAGAUUAAUAAAAGAAAAAAAGUAUAUAAGAAAUAGAAAAUUCAUUUAUUUUCUACAAAUACAGGAUUUAUUUUCAUCAUUUGGUACCGCCACUCGUGAAAUAUUUAUUUUCAUACCACUCGAUGAAAAAAAUCCUGUAUUUAUAGAAGUAAAUUGAACAUCCUCAAAGGCAUAAUAUUCCAUGAAAAUAAUAAUCCGCUCAUUUUAAUUAUGUUACUAUUGUAAGUGGCAUUAUGGUCAUGUUUUCUUUGUCAAGAUGAGACCGACAUGAAUUAGUUGUAUAUUUCAAAAGAUUAACUCUUUUAAUAGCGAUUGACAAAUAUCUGAUAAUUACAAAAUUUUAGGAUAAAAUGAAAGAAAUAAAGAGCCUAAAAUAUAAAAGGACUCACUCUUUUAAAAAAGAAAAUGAACAUUACCAAUAAUUAACGAAUGAUAUGUUUAUAGACAUUUAUGUGGGUCACUUGGUUUAUUGAUUACUUACAUUGUAAACACAUGUGACAAAAUAUAAAGUUAUUAUUAUUGAAAAUGAACGAAAGAGAAACAACUUGCAAAAAUAAUAUUUUCUAUAGGUUAUUCAUGAACGCCAGAUAAAUAUAUUGCAAUAUACGGUAAUCAUAUUUACAGUUUAUUCCUGAGUGUCAUUGAAUAUAUUGCAAUGAUAAUAAUAUUUUCAGUGCAUUCCUUAGUGUCAGAUAAAUAUAUUGCAAUGAUAAUAAUAUUGUCAGUGCAUUCCUGAGUUUCAGAUUAAUAUAUUGCAAAGAUAAUAAUAUUUUCAGUGCAUUCCUGAGUUUCAUGUUAAUAUAUUGCAAUGAUAAUAAUAUUUUCAGUUUAUUCCUGAGUUUCAGAUUAAUAUAUUGCAAUGAUAAUAAUAUUUUCAGUGCAUUCCUGAGUUUCAUGUUAAUAUAUUGCAAAGAUAAUAAUAUUUUCAGUGCAUUCCUGAGUUUCAAAUUAAUAUAUUGCAAAGAUAAUAAUAUUUUCAGUGCAUUCCUGAGUUUCAUGUUAAUAUAUUGCAAAGAUAAUAAUAUUUUCAGUUUAUUCCUGAGUUUCAUGUUAAUAUAUUGCAAUGAUAAUAAUAUUUCCAGUUCACUCCUGAGUGCCAUUUAAUAAGCGAAAGAGAUGUGUAUGGCAAUUAUGAGCGCCAGAUAAAUAUAUUGCCGUGAGGAUAUUUAUAGUUUAUUCAUGGGCGCCAGAUAAGUAUGUUGCCAUCCUGAUAAUAUUUCAAGUUUAUUUAUGAGCACCAGAUAAAUAUAUUGCCAUUAUGAUUUUAUUUCCCAAUUUUUAAUGAGCGCUUUAUUGCCAUGGUCAAAAUAGUUUGGAACUGCGUCUGCGUCGCCGUCGAACUUUGUGCAAGUAUUUUCAAAACUACUGAAGUAAAUGGGUAGAAACUAAACCCACUUGUUUUCUGUGAUAACCUAACAUACAGGGGCACAUACCCCAUAACUUUGAGAUAUCUUUUUUACCCUUUUCUGACUGAUAAUCGCUGAGAAUAGUCGAAUAAGCUUCUUACAAACAGCGCUUGUUAUCUUCAAAACUAUUUAAAUGUAUUUGUCUGAGUUAAAGUGACAUAUUAUGCAAUUCAAGGAUAUAAAGUUAGUCAAAAUUUGACAGUGAAAAUAAAUUAAUUCCAAAAUAUUACUUUCAAUUUUCAAUUUUAUAAUAUACUUUGCAUGAGUGAUAAAUAAUCGCUUGACCCGAAGAAAUUUCUAUAACAUACAUGUAUAUUUCCUGUAAUAUUCAAUUUAUAAAAAGAGUGGGAUAGUAUUUUUAUAUUUUAGGCAGAUACAUAUUUUAUCCUAAUUUUUUUUUUCCAAUAUCAGCUGUGACCAAGUCGAUCUUUUGAACUAUAGUUAAUGUAGCAUUUACAGAUAAACUUAUAGUUAUAGCUACGAUUUUUUACAAAUGAAUUUGUUAAUAUAUUUACUUAUGACUUUAUGUAAAUAUUUCAUGUUUAUUGAAGAUGACUUAUAGGCCCAUUGGGCCGGUUGUAUUUAAUAUGUUGUAUUAUUUGAAUUUGUAAAAUAUGUUUACACAUGUCACUUUAAUAAAUAAAUUACUUACUUACUUAUUUACUUACUUGAAGCAUAACAUAAUCACUGUCACUUCAAAUAUUAGGCAGCCUUUUCAUUUUUAUUUUCAUAAUUGCAAAACGGAAUUCCAAUUUUAAUUAAAAAGCUAUUAACACAACAUUUGACAAAGUUUCCGUAAAUUUUCAUUGUCGUUAGGUAAACUAUUUAUGUCUUUAUUAUUAUCAUUUUUGUUUUCUUUGGUCUUGUCACGUGAUCACAGUAUUAACUGUAUGUUACAAUAUACUGUAACUGUAUAAGUUAACGGAAUAAGCUAUUUCUUCGAUAUUUGUAUAUCGAUUUCUUCAUUAACAUGUUACUUUAUUGUGCCCAGA